UCCAACAAACAAUCCUUUCAGAAAACACUUCCGGGAGAUGCGUUGGACGCUUUUUUUCGCCACUUUUAGUCUUAACGCUAACUUUUUAGAUAAACUCUUUCAUAGUUUUGCAAAAAUAAAAAGUUAACAAAGACGUAGGACUAACCCGACACGUAGAAAGUUGAAGACAAGAGGAAGAAAAUCAGGAGGAGUCGCUUUUUCUAACAGACUUUAGGAAGAUGAUGGAGGCUUCGGAGGAGAACGGAGACGUUGCUGCGGCGUCCAACACCACAGAAGAAGAAGAAACGCCUCCAGAGGAGAGACGUCAUGACGACGUGGACUUAAAGGAAGCAAACAGUAACUCCAACCACACUAGUGAAGAUGCGACUGACAGUUCGACGAAGGCAGCAGCAGAGGUCGCCGUGGAAACAGACGAAAGCCAAGAGGCGACGGUCACUCCCCAGAAACCCAACGGUGGGCCUGUGGUCAUCGAAGCCAGCAACAAGAACCUGGCCAGCGAGAAGCUGGAGCGAGUCCGCAAGUGGAGCAUCAGCAAAUACAAGUUCACCCGGCAGGCUCUGGCCGAGCGGAUGGGCCGCGGCUCCCGGACGGUGGACCUGGACCUGGAGCCGCGCCUGGAGCUGCUCAGAGACGACCGGCAGCGCUACGACCACAUGACCAAGCUGGCUCAGACGCUGGCCAAUCAGUUCACCCAGUUCUCCGUCACCCAGAAGACGAUGGCCAACGCCUUCACUGAGCUCAGCUUCAAAACCAAGAACCUCCACGUGGAGUUUGACAUGAACGCUGAGGCUCAGAGGUUUCUGUCGAAGAGCACAGAGACCCUGCAGUCGGCCAUCACCGCCUUCACCUUCGACAUGAACACCCUGGUGAACAAAACCAUCGAGGACACCAUGAUCAACGCCAAGCAGUACGAGGCUGCCAGGAUCGAGUAUGAUGCGUACCGAGUGGACCUGGAGGAGCUGAACAUGGGCCCACGGGACGCCACCACCCUGCCUAAGCUGGAGCAGGCCCAGAAAACCUUCCAGGGCCAGAGGGAGCGGUACGAGAAAGUCCGGGACGACCUGUCCGUCAAAGUCAAGCUGCUGGAGGAGAACAGGGUGAAAGUCCUCCACAACCAGCUGUGGCUGCUCCACAGCGCCGUCGCUGCUCACUGCUUGUCAUGUCACAGUUUCCUGGAGAAAAACAUGCAGCAGGCCGUUGAACACCUAAGCGUCGCCAGCGCUGACGCCCCCUCCUGGCUGGAGGAGAGCUGACGAGCAUCGGGAUCAGUUUGAGUGACUUUAAGAUGCGUUUGAAAGGUUUCUGUUCGCUUUAUGCUCUAAAAGCUGGGAGUUAGAAGGACAGUAAUUUAUUUUGGGUGAUGAAAGGGACAUUUGGGUUUGAUAUGAAGUUGUUCUGAAAUUAUUAUUGUUCAAAAAUUGAAUUUUCUGUUUUUGAAUCACAUAUUUAAUUGAAAGAAAACCAACAAACCCUCUUUGUUUCCUCGAUGGCCUGGAUUCAAGGCGUUGUUUGGUAAAUCCGUUAAAUCCUUUGAGAGGCAUUAAGCUUCUCUUUGAACUCUGAAAAUCUGCUGCCGCUGCAGUCAGAAAGUCACAAAAGGUGCCUGAACGCCGUGUCUGGAAAACAACUUCCGAGUGGAUUAAGGAUCUCAGUCCUCAGCUCACUAAAACCUCAUACCUCUGUUUGCAUUUCCUUUAUUAGAAAACUAAACACUCAGGCAGCUGUCUGACUUUACAAGCUGGAAAACAUCUUUUCUAAUACAUUUACUUUAUCCACCUCAGGAAAAUCAUUUUUAAGAGCUGAACCCAAAUUCAGAUGAGAAGCAUGAGGUUUUAAAGUUUAUAAAGAUUCAGUAAAAUAUUAACAAACCUCCAUUCUGACUCCAGACAGCUGAGGGAACGACGAUCUGUCUUGUUCCCAGCAGCAGAUUCAGCUUCAACACCUUUACCAGCUUUAAGGGACCAGUAGUUUGGAUCAAGCCAUAUCUCAGAUGCUGAGGUUUAUUUUGAACCUGAGUGUCGGUAGCACUCGUUUUGGUGAACCAAAGACUGAAAUUUAUUUUGUAUUCAUGUUGAUGAUGAUGUCUUUUUCUUUGUUAAACUUUAGCUUUAUAUUUGAUGUGAUUAACAACCAAUUAGCUGUUCUGUUGGUCGCAUAACAGAAAAAUCUGCAAUUCUUUAAUUUCUUUCUUCUUCUAUCAGUGAAAUUAAAUGUUGCUGGAAAUCUUCCAAUGAUGGUUUAAUCUUGAACUAAAUAUUUGUGUUUGUUCACUUCCUUAAAGAUGGUGGGAUGAAAAUGCUAUUUCCUUCAAGUGUUGUUUCAUUCUUAGGCCAAACAUUUUUCUAUUCAUUUAGUGACUCUUCAAACACAACUUUAAUUCCAUGAGACUUUGUGAUUUAUUUUGUCCUUAUUUAUCAGGUUUAAUAAUAAACUAAUACAACUUAUUUUCCACAAGCCACAAAGGGAAACAGAAGAUCACCGUAUGCUGAUGAUGUUAAAGUCUUUGUAGCUUUGCGUUAACAGCAGGUUGAGCCGUUUUAAAGACAAUUCAGUAACAUUUUUCUCUCUAGUAACAGUCUACUGUAUAUAACACCAACUAACUAAAUAUGGGGAAGUUUAUACUUUAUCUUUCCUUAGCGGCAGUUAAAGACGCCUUCGCUGGAUGGAGACUCUUCUAUGUUCUCAAUGAUUUAUGAGAAACGUGGCCGGAUCGCUGCAAACGUGGAAAACUUUAGACAAUGUGGAUGCUGCGAUGCCUUCAGUUCUCACCAAACUGUGCUGCUUUGUUUGUGGCAGAUACAACCGACCCAAACCGCACCGUUCUGCUCCUCCUUCAGUUGUAGGUCAUUAGGUCAAGGGUUCAGUUUGGGGGAAGCUGUUUUUGUCACACAACAGGGUCCAUUGAUUGGAGGACAAAGAAAAAGUUGCUGAUUGCGACAAAGGCAACAGAUAGUCGUCACACUAGUAUGACGAAACGUUAAUCGUUUGGGUUUAAUUGCACCUGCCCAGUGAGAGUCAAACUGGAAUGUUCUGGACCAUAAAAUAGCCGACCAAACCAGUCCGUACCAGACCGCUCAAUGGAAACGAGGCAACUGUGCUUUCAUAUCCAAAAUGAAGCCGCAAAUUCAAGAAAAUCAAACCUCCCUAAGGAAGGUUUGUUAAAAGUCUUGUGGAUCUCUAACGCUCCAUAAAACAUAAUUAUGUCCCCAAUAUGUCCUUAACAUUCUCACAAACACCCACCAAACUCCUCUGAGGCUCCUGAGUAUCUCUAAUGGUCAGCUACCUCGCACCAAGAGAUCUCCUUAAUAAUGAAUCCUUAGUAUUUUCUUAUAAUCCCCACAAAAUCUCCACCAAGACUCUGCAAAGACCGACCCUGUUUUAAUGUUUUCAUCUCAGCUUGGUCUUCAUCCAGUUUCCAGCUUUUUCUUAAAUUCUAACAUUCCAGAUUCUUUACAGCUUUCUGCACUUUGUUCAGUUUAAUCUGUACUCCAAAGUAAAAUCCCAGUUUAUUUCCAGGCUGUCAUUGUUGGAGGGAAUAAGUGAAGUAUUUGAUUCAUUAGAAGAUUUCAGAGCGAUUAUCUGAGAUAUUCUUCAACACCAAAUCUUUAAGUUGGGAGCAAAUAUGGACCAAAAUGUCUCUUGAAUGACAAGAUUAUUGAUUUAUGUUAAAGAUUUAAUGAGUUAUUUUGUUUACUAAAGUCAAACCUUUAUGUGCUUUAAGUGUUUCUUAUGACUUUUCUGUUCUGUUUGCUCUUGAAUCUAUGAAUGUAUUUCUUUUUUUCUGUCCUUCACCUCGAAAAUAAGACAAACUAUGCAAAUACUGUGGAUCCUUGUGUGCAAUAAAGUCCUGACUUUAGUUAUGUUUAAGCUGCCAAUAUAACAAACAGCAGCCUUGAAUAAAUGACACGUUUAUGGGAAA